AGCAAAAAUCAUCAUCAUUAUCAUCGUUAUCAGCAUCAUCGUCGUCGUGAUCGACUUAUCAAAAACGAUGAGCUAGCUAAAAGCAUGGGAGUGACGAAGAAGAGGGCGUCUCGAGACCUGAUGGCCCUCUGGCUCCUUCUCCUUCUAACAAUCGAUCCGGUAGUCCUCAAGGAAGAUUUACCAAUCGUGUUGAACCUUGCUGUGCCGACUAGCAGCACUUUCAUUGCUACAACGUCCUCGCCACGCAACAGUUACCGCAAUAAUGAAGAAUUCAAAUUCACCUCGCAACACUACAAUGCUAACAUACCCGAAAAUUCGAUGGGUAAAACGUACGUGGUACCCGACGAUAAGAUGGGUAUACAGCUACGCAGGAAUCAACAUCUCGAGGAAAUAAAAUACCGUAUAGUGUUGGGUGACAAGGAAAAGUUCUUCAAAGCUGAGGAGCGCGUUGUCGGUGAUUUUUGCUUUCUUCAACUUCGCACUCGCACCGGUAACGUCGACGUUCUCAAUCGUGAGAGAAAGGAUCUUUACAAUUUGGAAAUACGCGCCACUGCCAGAAAAUAUGAUUCGAAGAAUCGUAUAAGUUUGCUAGAGACGCAAACAACAGUUGCGGUAAUGAUUACUGACACCAACGAUCUCAAUCCGUUGUUCUAUCCGACAGUUUACGAAAUCAAUAUUCCCGAGGAUACACAGAUUCAUCGGAGUAUCGUUAAGGUCACAGCCGAGGAUGCCGAUCUCGGUCGAAAUGGAGAGAUAUAUUAUAGUUUUGCCGACAAGAACCAGCAGUUUGCUGUACAUCCUGUCAGUGGGGUUGUCACCCUUACUAGGCCACUCAGGUACAUUGAGCGUCCAAUGUACGAGCUGACGGUGCUGGCACGCGACAGGGGCGCGCGCUACCGCAGCAGUCCAAAAGCGAGCAGUGCCCGCUUGACAAUCCACGUACGCCAGGUGAACCUGCACGCGCCUGAGAUUACGAUACGUCCUUUACCGGAAAUCAUGGAAAAUUCGAAUGCCGAUACGUACGCGAUCGUUCGUGUGGUCGAUCGCGAUGAAGGUAUUCACGGCGAGAUCGCUAGGUUGGACAUUAUAGCCGGCGAUCCAGACGGUCAUUUUCGAAUUCGACCUAACGAUAUACCCGGCGAGUACUGUAUUCAAGUACUCAAAUUAUUAGAUCGCGAGACAGCACCACAAGGAUAUAAUCUGACUUUGAAAGCAUUGGACAAAGGUACACCAACGAGGUUUAGUUACAAGUCUGUGGCUGUACAUCUGGCGGAUUUAAAUGACAAUGCGCCAAUCUUCAGUCGUGAGAUUUACGAAGUAAAGGUUCCGGAAACUACGCCGAUCAAUAGUCCCGUGAUAAGACUGAAAGUUACCGAUGCCGAUGAAGGGAAGAACGCUCUGGUCUUUUUGGAAAUCGUUGGGGGCAACAAAGGUGGCGAGUUUUAUGUCAAUGCUGAUACUGGAAUGCUGUACACCGCGGUAAAUCUAGACUUCGAGAAGAAGGCUUUUUACACAUUGACCGUAUCGGCGGUGGAUCAGGGUAACAUUGGCACAAGGAAACAGUCAUCGGCGAAAGUAAAAAUUUACGUGAUAGAUACCAACGAUAAUGAUCCUGAAUUCGAACGAUCCGAAAUGUUAUUGUAUUUGGAUGAGAACGAACCUGCAGGUACGUCGGUUGUGAAAGUCGUGGCGAGAGACAAGGAUUCCGGCGAGAAUGCUUACAUAUCCUAUAGCAUUGACAAUAUUAAGAAAGUGCCCUUCGAAAUCGACCAUUUUUCGGGAAUUGUACGUACCAAGCAACUGUUAGACUACGAGACUAUGAAGAAAGAAUACUUGUUACGAGUGAGAGCAAAUGAUUGGGGAUUGCCGUAUAGAAGACAAAGCGAGAUGCAAUUAAAAAUCAAAUUGAAGAAUGUCAACGACAAUAGGCCACAAUUUGAAAAGAUCGACUGUGUUGGACACGUCAGCAGAUUCGUGCCUGUAGGUACGGAAAUCAUCACGGUAUCGGCAAUCGAUUUUGAUGCUGGUAACAUCAUCAGUUACCGCAUCGCAUCAGGCAACGAUGAUGGAUGUUUCUCACUGGACAUGACCAGUGGUGUACUGUCGGUUGCCUGCGACUUAUCCGAUCUAAAAAGUUCCGAGCGCGUAGUCAACGUAACAGCAACCGAUGGUACGCACUUCGCCGACGUCAACUCAUUAAGAAUUAAUUUGGUAAACGUGAAGAGAAGCACGCAAACGAAGAUUUUGGCUGAUGAAACCGGUUCGUUCGAAUGUCGCGAUACUGGAGUAGCGAGAAGAUUGACCGAAGCGAUCGCCGCUGCCGAAAAGAGCAACAUGCCAUCAAGAGAUGACGAGUACACAAUGAUGCCAAGUCGAUAUGGCGAGAACGUACAUUCACCCGAAUUUGUCGAGUUCCCUAACGAGAUACGUGUCAACGAAUCCGCACCGAUUGGUUUUGUACUGGCGAGACUUGUUGCUCGUGAUCGUGAUCUUGGCUAUAAUGGUAAACUUGUAUUCGGAAUAUCGGCUGGUGAUAGUGACUCAGUUCUUGGCGUUGACCCGGAUAAAGGAGAAUUGCGACUUAUUGGGCAUCUGGAUAGAGAAAGGGAAAGUGAGUAUUUCUUAAACAUCACGGUUUACGAUCUUGGCAAACCUCAAAAAUCAGCCUCGAGAAUGCUUGCUGUUACCGUUAUUGAUGUCAACGAUAACGCACCCAAGUUCGAGAAAGCUUUGGCGAGUUAUCGAAUCUCCGAAAAUACACUCAAUGGGACAAUUAUAUUCCGAGCGAAUGCCACUGAUGCCGAUUUGGGUGAUAAUGCAAAGAUCACUUACUCACUGGUUACCGACACCAAUGAUUUCAAAGUCGACCGAAGCGUAGGUGUAUUAACAGUGUUUGGAAGACUAGAUCGCGAGAGACAAGCAUCGUACGAGUUGAGGAUACGCGCAACUGAUAAAGGUGGUGGAAAUCAAGGCGAACCUAACUUGGAUAGUCCCGCGCUGUAUUCCGAGGCUUUGGUGAGGAUAUUCAUCGACGACGUUAAUGAUAAUGCACCAAAAUUCGCUCUCACAAGCUACACUGUCAAAGUACGCGAGGAUGUGCCUGUCUGGAGUGUCGUAGCAAUCGUGGAAGCAACUGAUCCUGACGACGGCCCUGCCGGCAUCGUGGAGUAUAGUUUUUCUGAUGAGACCGAGAAUGAAAAUUUCUUCAAUAUCGACAAGCAAUCUGGUACAGUUAGAACGUCGCAGAAACUUGACUUCGAAGAACGACAAGUACAUACCCUUACGAUCAUCGCUCACGAUAAAGGCGAACCAAAACUUAGCUCUGAAACUAUACUUAUCAUCGAAGUUGUUGACGACAACGAGAAUCUCAAUACGCCGGUGUUUGCCGACUUUGUCGUGGCUGCUAGUGUUGCUGAGAAUCAAGCUAUUGGUACGCACGUGACGCAAGUUAAGGCUAAAGAUGCUGAUCCACCGGGUGGUGACUCCAGGAUUGGAUACAGUAUUCGAGGUGGAGAUGGUGUUGGACUGUUUAGCAUUGAUGAUGAAGGAAACAUCAAGACCAAAGCGAUACUGGACGUAGAGGCCAAAAGCGGUUACUGGCUGACCGUUUAUGCACAGGAUCACGGCGUUGUUCCGCUCAGCUCCAAACUGCAGGUGUACGUGGAGGUACUAGAUGAGAACGACAACAUACCGCUGACCGAGCAGCCGGUUUACUAUCCAUCCGUGCUUGAAAAUUCGCCGGCCGGUAUUAGUGUGCUUCAACUUCGUGCUUUCGACAAAGAUGUUACGCAGCAGGAUUUCACUUAUUCCAUCAGUAGUGGCAACGCCGAGGGUUACUUUCUUAUCAAUUCAUCCAGUGGCUUAAUAACGACAAGCGGUCGCAAGCUGGACCGAGAAAAUCAGGCCGAGCACAUACUCGAGGUGACGGUGAAAGACGAUGGUAGACCAGCGUUGUCGUCGACGUCGCGGAUCGUGGUUCAAGUGGAGGAUAUAAACGACCACGGACCGGAGUUCGAAGCCAAGUUCUACAUUGUUCAUAUUCCAGCCACACUGUCCCUUGAUAAACCUCUUUUCCAGCAAAGAUCCGGCGGUGGUGACAGAGAUCAACGAGUCGAGUCGGAGCUCGCGGUUGACGCUCUGCUCGAAAACGGCACCUGGGAAAGCUUCCCUCCUGAUAGUAUCUCGGGCAAGCGUGUCUUCAGGGCACUGGCGCACGACAAAGACAUCGGUAAAAAUGGGCAAAUCCAGUAUAGCAUCAAGAGCGGUAAAGGUAAAGGCAAGUUUAAAAUUCAUCCGCACACCGGCAUGGUCUACUCGCAAAAAGGUGGUUUCGAGGUUGGGCAAGAUUUUGAUAUGAUCAUACGGGCAUCGGAUGAGGGAGAACCGCCACGCAGCCAUCAAGCGAGAAUUUCAGUACAGGUAGUGGAAACACCCAAAGAAUCGGCGAAUCCUCCCGUCUUCAAGAGUGUCAACCAAAGUGUUGAGGUGACGGAGAGCGAUAACGUCGGCUUUUUUGUCGCUCUCAUGCAGGCAAGCGAUAAAGACGGCGAUACACUUUGGUACGAUAUCGUCGACGGUGAUCCAAGAGACGAGUUUGUGAUUGGCCGUGACAACGGCAACAUCCUGUUAGCGCGCCAGCUUGAUUGGGAGACACAAAGUUCGUAUAACUUGACGAUCAGCGUGACCGACGGAGUGAACGUGGCAUACACCCAACUGUUCGUCAAAGUAAUCGAUAUCAACGACCACCGGCCGGAAUUCAGCGAGUCGGUUUACCGCGUCGAGAUCUCUGAGAACGUGGUCGAGAAGGGUGAAACUGUUCUUCAACUUCACGCUCAAGAUCUCGAUCAAGACAAACGGGUAUUUUACUCAUUGCACAAUGCGCAAAACCAAGCGAGUCUGGAAAUCUUCAACGUCGACUCGUUGACUGGCACGAUAACGUUGAAUCGAGCUCUGGAUAGAGAAACAAUCGAGGAACACGUAUUGACAGUGAUGGUGAAAGACCAAGGAACUCCGCCUAAGAGGAAUUACGCGCGUGUACUGGUAACCGUGCAUGAUCACAACGAUCACACGCCAAUGUUCAUCAGCGAGAUCAUCCAGGGCAAAGUAUUCGAGACCUCGGCCGUUGGCACGGCUGUUGUGCAGGUAAUAGCGAUUGAUCACGAUCGCGGUGAGAACGCAGAAAUAACCUACGCGAUAACCUCAGGAAACGUGGGUAACGUCUUCUCGAUAGACUCCGAGCUCGGCGUCAUCCGCGUAGCUCGUGAACUCGACUUGACCACAUCGUCGGAAUAUAUCCUACUUGUGAAAGCAUCCGACCACGGCUCACCAGCGCUGUCGACGAGCAUACCGGUGCACGUGAUGGUAACUAUGGCGGAUAAUGCGCCACCACGCUUCGUUAAGAGCAAUGGCGAAUUGGCUGCCGAGAUCUACGAGAACGAGGAGGCUGGUAGUUUUGUUAAGCACGUCGAGGCACGAUCCACCUCCUCCCUGCAGUAUGAAAUUAUCUUAGGCAAUGUGGGCGACGUGUUCUUUGUCAAUCCCAGUACCGGGCUCAUCAGCACACAAGAGGAACUCGAUUACGAGACUCUUAAGUUUUAUAAUUUGACUAUUUCUGCGACUAAUAUGGCUGGAUCUACUGCACAGUGUAAUGUUAUUGUUCACGUGCUUGACAGAAACGACAAUGCGCCGCACUUUAUGCAAGCUGUUUACGCCGGACAGGUGAGUGAAGCAGCAAGUAUCGGCUCGUUAGUUUUUAGCGCUAACAGCACAAGCUCACCGUUGGUAAUUAAAGCCGAGGACGCAGACUCAGAGUUGAACGCAUUACUUAAUUAUGACAUCGUUGAGGAACUACCGCGCAAAUUUUUCCAUAUAGAUUCGAGUACCGGAGCUAUACGCACGGUCAUGCUACUCGACCACGAGACUAUACCCGAAUUUCAGUUUCGCGUCAAAGUCUCAGAUCUUGGAAAACCUAAACUUUCGUUCGAGAGCACUGCUAAGGUCAUCAUUACCGUUGGAGAUAUCAAUGACUGCCCGCCAAAAUUUCUACAAUCCGAGUAUAAUACUACGGUACUGCUACCUACUUGGAAAAAUGUCGCGGUCGUGAAAGUCGAGGCUUACGAUCCCGACACUACCAAUACCUUGUCUAACCAAUCGGCCUUGAGGUACGAUAUAAUCGACGGAAAUCAAGGCCAAACGUUUCACGUAGAUCCUCAAAAUGGCACAUUAAUAAUCAACAAUUCAGACCACAUGCGGAAAAACUAUCAACUACAAGUUCGAGUAUCUGAUGGAAAGUAUUCAAGCAUAGCACAAAUCAACAUCAAAGUCGAAAAAUCCGAAAGUUCCGGUUUGAUUUUCCAUAAAGAUGUGUACGAGGGGACCGUGCUUGAAAACUCCACAAAAAUCACAACAGUGACAGUCCUCAAUGUCCUCGGUACAGCAUUGAACGAGUACAUCAUUUUUACGAUCCUAAAUCCAACGGAAUUGUUUGUGAUUGGUCCAACUUCGGGCGUAAUCAGUACUACAGGGAUACGAUUCGACAGGGAAGCCUGUGACAAAUAUCAGCUCAUAGUCGAAGCUAAAAGUCGAAUGCCUAAACAGAGGGUUGCCCAUACUAUUGUCAAUGUGACCGUACUUGAUAUCAAUGACAAUUGUCCUAUUUUCGUUAAUUUGCCGUAUUAUGCCAUCGUGUCGGUUGACGCGCAGAAAGGAGAAAUUAUCAUGAAGGUUCAUGCUGUGGAUUUGGAUAGCGGUGAUAACGGAGAAGUCAGAUACGAGCUGAAAAAAGGCCACGGGGAGUUGUUUAAAGUUUGCCGAAAGACAGGUGAAAUAUCAUUGAAGCAGAAUCUCGAGGGACAUAAUCGCGAAUAUCAAUUGAUGAUAGCUGCUUACGAUGGAGGAAUAAGUCCAUGUUCGGUGGAAGUGCCGGUGAACCUUAAAGUGAUCGACCGCUCGAUGCCGGUGUUCGACAAACAAUUUUACACGGAUAGCGUGCUCGAGAGCAUCGAGGUUCACUCACCCCUUUCGUUGUCCAUCCAGGCGAAGUCGCCGUUGAAUAGGAAACUCAUUUACAGCAUCACCAGGGGCAAUGACUUUGAGGAAUUCGCACUCGACUUCAAUACUGCUCUCAACGGUAACAAUGGCCCCUGUGUGAUCUACGUGGUGGACGAACUCGACUAUGAACAGAAGAAGCAAUACGACUUGACGAUACGCGCCACAGACAGCGUGUCCGGAGUCUACGCAGAAGUACUCGUUUCCAUCUUGGUGCUCGAUGUCAACGAUUGUCCCCCGGAAUUCAGUCAAGACUCUUACAACAUCUCCGUGUCGGAGGCAGCACUUUUUGGCACUGAACUGUUGCGGUUAUCCGCGCGUGACAAUGAUACAGGCAUCAACAAACAAAUUCGUUAUGCUAUUGAGAACAAGACUGCGGAAGAAUACAGCGAAAAUAACUUUGAUUUAUUCCACGUCGAUCCGGAAGAAGGAAUUGUGUACUUGAAAAGACCGUUGGAUCACGAGACAGCAAACUCGCAUCAUUUCACCGUUGUUGCAACUGAUCGAGGUGUACCAAGUUUAUCGAGCACAACGCAUGUAUGGUUAAGUGUAAUUGACAUGAACGACAAUCCUCCGAAAUUUGAGCAAUCGUCCUACAGUUGUUUUUUGUCCGAGGAAGCCGAAAGAGGCCAAUUCGUGACUGUACUCUCGGGGUCGGAUCCAGACUUGUUCGAUGACAAACUUACGUACACAAUCGUCGGUGGCAAUAAUCAACAGACUUACAGUAUCGAUCAAUCGACCGGUAUAAUCAAUCUUAUUAACAUGCAGAACUUCGCAGAUGAGAAAAUGAGUAUACUUAAUGUCUCGGUAAGCGAUGGUGUAUAUACAAGUUUUGCCAGAGUUAAGAUUGAGAUUCUACCAGCGAACAAAUAUCCACCGAGAUUUUCAAAUCCUGUAGUUGAGGUAUUUGUGCCCGAGAAUCAACUACCUGGAUGGUUGGUUACCCAUGUUCUUGCUACUGAUAAGGAUUUUGGCGAUUACGGGACUAUUCAAUACUCGAUUACUUCGGACUACCUCAAAGAAUUUUUUGACAUUGAUAAGGAAACUGGAGAUAUAACAACAAAGAAAAUUCUUGAUAGAGAAGUACACAAAUUGUUUGAGAUAAUCGUGAUGGCUACUGAUGGCGGUGGAAAAUCAGGUUUCGUGAUCGUUCGAGUGCGAGUUGCCGAUGAGAACGACAAUACUCCGACUUUCCUUUUAAGAGAGUAUAAGGCUUCUAUCUACGGAAAUUUGUCUGUCAAUGUGCCGUUCAUGAAGGUCAAAGCCGUUGAUGCCGACGAUGGUGAUAACGCCAAAAUCGAGUAUUCAGUGUUCGAGCCACCGAGUUCAAAAAUUAAAAAUGUCUUUGGGGUUAAUCCUAAUAAUGGGGCUAUCUUUCUGAAAGAGAGUGUUAAAACUCAUGAAAACCAAGUGUUCCAACUGUUCAUUCGAGCCCAAGACAAAGGUAUAAAUCCACACCACGUCGACGUGCCAUUGGAUAUUUACGUGAUGGGUCCGGAGGAAAUACCGCCGUUGUUUGAGCGCAAGGAAGACAAAUUUUUCGUUCCCGAAGCGUCGACAAUAGGCACACCGAUCACUCGUUUGAAAACAGUAACUCGCAUCAACAGCACAAUUGCCUGUCGAAUCAUUUCAGCGGGUGAUAACUUUCCCUUCUUAAUCGAUCCGAAGACCUGUCGAGUAACAUUAUCAGUCAUUUUGGACCGAGAAAUCAGGGACAGCUACUUAAUUGGUGUAUUGGCGGAAACAGACUCGAGUCCACCAUUAACUGCAUUAGCAGAGAUUAGCUUGCAAGUGUUGGACGAGAACGAUCAUGCGCCAAAAUUCGAAAGUAAUCCAUACACCGUUGUAGUAGCAGAGAAUAUUGACGAAGGAACGGCAAUUUUAAAAGUUAUCGCUCACGACGAGGAUUUAGGAAGCAAUGGAGAAGUACGUUACUCAUUUGGCUCAGAUAUCGGUGAAUUAGCAAAUGUUUUCACCAUCGACGCUUAUACCGGCUGGAUAUCAAGUCUCGUGCAACUGGACAAAGAAAAACAGCCCGAUUACAAAUUCCAGGUGGUCGCUACCGAUAAUGGAAACCCACGUCACUUUGCACGCACCACCGUGUUUGUUAAAUUGAAAGACUAUAAUGAUCAUCCGUCGUCUUUUGCCAUCGACGACACUGGAUAUCAAGCUGCUGUCAAAGAAGAUGCACUGCCUGGAACUGUUGUCGUUGAGUUGACAACAAUUGAUAAAGAUGUAGAUAUGAAUACUCCGUUUGAUUUUUACAUUGUCUCUGGUGAUCCAAGGUCGCAGUUUGCAAUUAGAUCGACUGGACAGGUUUACGUGGCUAAGGCACUUGAUCGAGAAAUAGUGAAUUCUUAUGAGUUGACCGUUUUUGGCACUGAUGGAAAGUUUGUUUUCGAAACUAAAGUUACUGUUCAUAUUCUCGACGUCAACGACAAUCCUCCAUACUGCCUAAAGUAUCGCUAUCGUGAAAUCCUGUCAGAAGGUUCUCAUCCAGGUAGCUACGUUCUGUCAGUCCUCGCAACAGACUACGAUGACGAACCAAAUGCUAAACUACGUUUCUAUCUAACCGGAGAGAAAAACGAAAAGUUCUCUCUUGACAAAGAAACCGGCGUUUUAAAGACCGCAGGUCAGCUCGAUCGUGAAAGUCAGGCUAAAUACGUACUAACCGCUCAUGUGCAAGACCGAGACAAGCCAUCAUGGGAAUGUUCUUCACAACUAGAAAUUUUCAUUUCCGAUCUAAAUGACAAUGCGCCAAAAUUUAGUAUGCAGGCAUACAGUGUGAUGCUACCGGAGGAUGUGGAAAUUGGUACACUUGUUACUAAAGUUCACGCAACAGAUGAUGAUAUCGGUAUCAAUCGGAAAAUUCGGUAUGAGUUCAUCGAUUCGGCUAACGAUCACUUUAUCAUCGCCCAGGAUAGUGGCAUCGUAACUCUGGCCAAACCUUUAGAUCGGGAGACAAAAGCAUUGUACAACGUAAGCAUUCAAGCUUCUGAUCAAGGAAUACCUCAACUGUCUACCACAACUUAUCUGGUAGUUCAUGUACAAGACAUCAACGACAAUCCGCCAGAGUUUACGUCUAAAUACUAUUUUGCUCAAGUCCCAGAGAUUGAUGCCGUGGGCACUGAAGUAGCUCGGGUUUUGGCUACAUCUAAAGACACGGGUAUAAACGCAGAAGUAUACUACUCGAUUGUUGGUGGUAACGAACAUAAGAAAUUCCAGAUAGACUUAAAAUCCGGUGCGGUAUCGAUUGCCGAACAACUCGACUACGAACGAGCCAAAGAAUACUUCCUAACAAUUCAGGCAAUAGACGGUGGAAUACCACCACUGUCAAAUCAUGCUACAGUCAAUAUCACAGUUCUUGACAGCAACGAUAAUGCACCAAUGUUUAGUCAAUCGUCAUAUCGAGCUUCAAUUCGCGAAGACGCAAAACCAGGCGAAAAAAUCAUUCAACUUUUUGCUAAUGAUCUCGACAGCAAUGAGAACGGCCAAGUGACUUAUGCCAUCGAGCGAGGUGAUCGAUUAAAGCAAUUUUCCAUUGACAAAAAUACUGGUCAAAUCUCCGUAGCCAGUAGUCUUGAUCGAGAAACGAUCGCCACUUAUGCACUCGAAGUACACACACGCGACAAUGGCAUUCCAACGAUGUCAAAUUACGUGAUCGUUAACGUUGAGAUUCUCGAUGCAAAUGAUAAUCCACCGUUGUUCUCUCAAACCAAUUAUAGUACUGUCGUACAAGAAGAUAAACCACUCGGUUAUACUGUUCUUCAGUUUACAGUAACCGACGCCGACGCAGAACCAAAUGCAGAUCCUUACACCUUUGACUUCAGAUCGGGUAACGAAGGCGAUGCUUUUAGAUUAGAGCAAGACGGUACUUUACGCACUGCCACGAAAUUUAGUAACAGGGUCAAAGAUAAGUAUCUAUUGCAUAUCAGGGUUUUCGAUAAUGGAAGCCCACCAUUGUACUCCGAUGCCUACGUUCUCGUGAAGAUCAUCGAGGAGUCGCAGUAUCCACCUGUGAUAACUUUACUCGAAAUUACCAUUAACUCAUACAUGGAUGAGUAUCUUGGAGGCAUUAUUGGCAAAGUUCAUGCCUCGGAUAAAGAUCCAUACGACACUCUACUUUACAGUCUUGUGCCGACAUCACCAAAUAGACCAAAUACUGACUUCUUUCAAAUAGAUAAAUUAGACGGUACGCUGGUGGCAUUACCACGACUCGAUAUUGGCGAGUAUCGCGUGAAUGUCAGCGUGACAGACGGCAAAUUUACUUCAUACUCAAUCGUCAAAGUCAACGUCGACCUCAUCAGUGACAUUAUGUUAGAGAAUUCUGUUAUUGUGAGAUUCCGUGAAGUUAGUCCUGAAGAUUUCAUUCUUAAACAUCGCAAAGGAUUCAUAAGAACUGUGCGAAACGCCAUGAAUUGCAGGCUAAAAGAUAUUAUCAUUUUGAGUGUACAACCUUCUACCGACUCGGAAACAAACGUCAUCAAAUCUCGAGCAAUCAGACAAACGGUCGUUCACAAUGAUCUGGAUAUACUUUUCGCCGUGAAAAGAUCCAGCCCCAAUGAGUUUUAUAACUCCGACAACAUACGAGAGGCACUUAGUCAUCAUAUUAAGGAACUGGAAGCCUCUACGAAACUCGUUAUCGAAGAUAUCGUGCGUUACAAGUGUAGUAAAGGCUAUUGUGUCUACGGCGAAUGUCACGACAAAGUCAUUCUCGACUCGCAGCAGAUCAGUCCUAUCGCUACUGAUGUAGUCAGCUUUGUUUCACCAAGACAUCGACAUCGCACCGAAUGCACUUGCAAGGAAGGUUAUGAUGGUUCACAUUGUGAAGUUGUUGUUAAUGAAUGCGCGAGAAAUCCAUGUCCAGGUUUCAAGGUGUGUGUGCCCGAUUCAUCAGUAACAGGCUAUACCUGCCAAUGUCAUGAGGGUUUUGCUGGUCAGACCUGCGAUAUUGAUAUCUCAAAGUGUCACGAUGAAUCGUGUUACAUUCCACGCAAUCCAAUAUCGUUUAGUGGCAAGAGUUAUGCACGCUACAAGAUCGAAAAAUUUCUCGUUCGUGAAAUCAUUGAGAACCAAUUAAAUCUAUCACUCCGUAUUCGUAGUGUACAACCAACUGGUAGCCUAAUGUAUGCAGCUGGCACAAUUGAUUAUAACGUUCUUGAAAUCGUGAACGGUGCCGUGCAAUACCGAUUCGAUCUAGGUAGUGGCGAAGGACUAGUUCGCGUGAAUAGCUUCUACAUCAGUGACGGCCAAUGGCACGAGAUUAAACUAGAACGCGAAGGAAACAAUGUAAUACUCACCGUUGAUAGCAAACAUUUAGCUCAAGGUUCUGCACCUGGUAUCACCGAGAUCUUGAACUUACAACCCAAAGAGUUAUACCUUGGCGCUGAAGUUCGUUCGCACCCAUCAAUCUUGGGUUUCGAGGAUGUGCAACGAGGUUUCGUUGGCUGCAUGGAUGACGUGCGCAUCGCUAAGGUUUCAGUGCCACUACAUAUGAGUGGUUCGAGUAACAGCGUUGUCAUUCUGAAGCGAUUUGCUAAUGUCGAAUUCAGCUGCGAACCUAGCACUGUUCUCGUAUCGCAAGGUGUUUGCGGAUCACAACCUUGUCAAAACGGUGGUACGUGCUCGGAAAGUAAAACCGAAGAGGGUGGAUAUGAGUGCCAGUGUCACAAUCGAUUUAGAGGGGCCAAUUGUGAGAUUGAUACAGAUCCAUGCGCAUCGUCGCCAUGUCUUUACGGAGGUCGGUGUAGAGUAUUGCACGAGAUCGGUGAUUUUGCGUGCGAGUGCAUUGGUACGAGUCUCAGUGGAAAACGUUGUGAAUUCGGCAGAUAUUGCAGUCCAAAUCCUUGCUUGCACGGUGGUAUCUGCGAGGAGGGCAACACUGAUCCAAUCUGUAAAUGUCAAGGGUUCACUGGUGAACACUGUGAGCUCGAUGUUAACGAAUGUGAGAAGAAUCCAUGCUCUAACGGUGGGACCUGUUUGAACGAACUUGGCUCAUAUCGCUGCGUUUGUCCACCAUCAGUGACAGGCUUGAAUUGUGGCAAUCCUGCCGGCUACGCAACCGGCUUACAUAUCUCCAACCACAUAAUCACGUGGGAACAGUUAAUAUGGAUUGGCUUGGCAAUGUUGGUCAACAUUUUCCUAGUCAUUUUUUUCAUCACCUGUCGACGCAUUCGUAGCAAGCGCACGCGAACUCGCGCCAACAACAUCAACAAUGAGACGCGUAAACAAAUUGUUUUGAACUCGGCUCGUCCUAAUGAGCACGAAUUCAAACGUAGCUCGAAACUUAGCAAUUUAGAAGUGGUGCAGAGAGAAUGUCCUCCCCAAUGUCCACCCCGUCCUGCCUCUUAUACCCCGUCAUCUAAUAACGAGCAAGUGCUACUUAGCUCGGCUGCUGCGGUAGCACUUAAUAAUCUUGAUACGCUUAGGAGUUAUGGUAGUGCCGGUGACGAAUUAGAAAACUUCCCACCGGAUUACUUACGGAAUUUGAAUAGGAAUACCGUACUUACGCAACCGCCCAAUCCUACUAUUGAUCUACCAGCGAUUGAAAAAGCAAGCUGGCAAGAACAAAUGCAGCUCGCUUCGUUCAUCAGCGAUGCUACCAAAAUUAAGAAUGACCUGAAACGAGCCGGCCCAGUGGUACCAGAAUCGACCACUGGAGGACUUCUACUGAAUUCAAUAAGAAAAGUACCAACCUCAGUUGGUGGGACUUCCAUAGCAUCGCUUUCAUCGAUGGAAGACGAUCCCCGCAUUGUUGGUGGUUAUCACUGGGAUUGCUCAGACUGGGUGAGACCAAGUCAAAAUCCAUUGCCAAAUAUUACGGAGGUGCCAGGUAGCGAAGUACCCGAUUCUUCCAGUUUCCAUAGUAAUGAGAGUAAUGAGUCAAACACUCAUCAGGUGUCCGCAAUGCCUCCAUUGCAUGGCCCGAUAGACCCAACACGCGACAUAGAAACUUUGAUCGAGGACCAAGAAUCAGAGUAUAUCGGUGAUUCAGAAUGUGGUACAGACUUAUCGGAGCGCUAUACGAGCAGCAAAGGAGGUUUGAAUCCAUUAGACAGUGGUAGUGAGGAAUACAAAUACAAAAGCUCCGAGAGUUACCUUCGUCAUCCAAACUCAUACCUGCCACAUUACAACAUCCAUACAGGCGACACGGAGCCCUUGAAUGGCAUCCUCGUGACUGACGAGGAGGACGACGACAACGUAGUGCCUUAUGGUUUUCCAAGCGCCAGGCGCAACCGCAAGCGGCUCGAUGACUCGACCAACGUCAUUACUAGCCUCGAGGAGAGAAAUUCAUUGCUGGGUCCAGGUAUUAGUAAUAGCGAUCUGUCGACCAAUCUCUGCGAGAUCGAUGACUCGGAAUUUGAGAUCACCCAGCAAAAGAGUAACGAAAGGACGUGGCUAAGUGGUGGCGUCACUCAGACUUCGGUCUGACCGGCACUGAGUUGUCUAGUUUUCUCAUUGUAUAUAGUAGACAAACUUGUAAUCGUAUAACGGUAAUCUGUACAGGCAGCUAAUGGACCUUCGUCUUUCUUCUUGUCUUUUAGUACUUAAUUUUUUUUUACGAAGAAUGUACGCCAAAAAGAAAAAAAAUAAAAAAAGAAUUUUAUCUUUCUUUUCUUUUACCGCGAAGGAUAAAUUUUUAUUUGUGUGAGUGAGCGAGAGAGAGAGAGAGAGAGAGAGAGAGAGAGAGAGAGAGAGAGAAGCAUGUGACUAGAUUAUAUUUAUUUAUCGAAAUUUAAAACCAUGUGCAACGAAAUAUCAAUCUUAUUUUCUUUUUUAGAGCUUUUACGUAUGAUAUUAUUUUGCACCAAAAAAUUUCCACAGAAAAUAGGCACGCGUAAAAAAUAUAGUUGGACCAUGCGAAUUGUAUCUCAUUUAUGAAAUAUAAUUAAGUUACAGGCAUUAGUUUCUUAGAGUUAAUAAAAUAGCGAAUGAGAAGCGAAAAUGAAACAAAAAUGAAUUAUUUUUACUGUGAUGAUAAUAAUGUUUGUACGUCAAUGAUCAAAUAACUACAACUACAAUUGUACAAUAACGAUGAUAAAUGGUGAAUAAUCGACUGUACGUAAAUUCAAGCAAAUGUCAAGUAUGAUUAAACAAAAUGCAUCAUUCUUGUUCAUCAUAAUUUCACUCGUUAUGAUAAUUGUUUGUAAUGAUCCAAUUUUGUGACUCUAAAUAUCUAUUGCCUUAUAUCUAAGAUAUGUUUCAAAGUAUGGAAAAUCAGGUGCUGUAGUAUUUUUUUCUAUGGAAAAUCUGAGCGAGUUUCCAUCUUUUAAUCUCUUUACAAGACUGGCUAUGCACUUUUUCUAGAAACUUGUGCAAUGCACUUGAUAGCAUUUCUUAUAUACUACAACUGUCAAUUUAUUUUCAUCUUUCUUUUGCAUUGAUUAUGUAUGCGUUACAUAGAGCUUCUGUAUUUAUUACUGUAUGUUUUCACCUUUUAUAUGCCAUAGAAGUAAUUUUAAGUGAGGAACGUGUAAUAUAAAGUGAAAUGAGCGAAGAAUUACUUUGACUCGGUUUGCAUUCCAUUCCGCCUUAAAAGUAUUUAAAACCGUAGACGUUCGGUAUGAUUUCUUUUUUAUUUACUAUUUUUCAGUCUAUGAUUAUCAUCAGAAGCAACUUUAUUGGUAAAUAACAAGUAUAAAAUAGAAUUAUAUGAAACAAUUUUUAUAUACUGAUUAUCUGAAAGCGUGGUGUAGUGCGUAAAGCGAAGCGAGACUAAAAAGUCAAUCGAACGUUUCUUAUGUUCCUGCGUUAUUGCCCUACAGUGCACUGCUAAAUACCGAAAAGUUUUUAUACACUCAAUGUAUUAAAAUAAUGUUGAUAUUCGGUGUUGCCGGUGCACAUUCAAAAAAGGCGCAAAACAGGGUGAUUUAUAUAAUAUUUGCGUUGUUCGAUGCGUGAAAUGUAUAUUGUAUAGUUGAGAAAGAAUGAUAACAUGUGUAAAAUAAUAAGAGAAAACUAAAAAAUAUCACGAGUAUUCUGACAAUUCUAUUCAUUUAAGAACUUCCUCUAAUUAUUAAAGGUAGCUAAUCCUUUUUGCAUGGAAACAAUGACGUAAUAUUGAAUAAUAAUCUUUCGACUCAAACAGGUUUUUAAGAAUAUUUUAAGUACGUAAACCAAUCAAAGUUACUCCGGAAAGACAAAUUAUUUGAUUCAUCAGUUAACAAUUUUUUCAACAGAAGAUAUUUAAGUAACAUGCAGUUAUUAAAAAUGGUUAAAAAUUAACUGAGGGAAUUCAUAAACGAAAUCCACAGCAUAGUAUGAAAUGAGAAUAUAUCCUUUGCAAACAAAAAAAAAUGACCAGAAUUGUUGUUAAAUUAUUCAUUUGUAAAGAACAAGCUGUUGCAAUAAACAAAUUUAUAUUCGCACGUUGAUUUUCACAUUUUUAUAACAAAAGGUCACAAUUUCACCAUCACCAUCGGUACACAACGGUAUCAGAUACUUAUUAUUACUAUUAGUGAUCAAAACUUUGAAAUAUAUACAUACGCAAGAUCGUUGUUUUAUGUAUCAUAUAUCAUCAAUUCAUAAAUAAAUUAUAUACGACACUGAA